AUGUCUGUCAUUGGAAGGGGAUGCUCGAGUUCUUCCGAGGCCGACGCUGAGAAGGCCACGGAUGGCUACACAGAUCGUAAAGAGCUUAAGGAGUGGGAAUGUUACGACAAACUCGGCUACUCGUUCCCUUGGUGGAAGAAAUGGGGUAUCAUCUCGGUGAUCUUUGCCGUCCAAACAUCCAUGAACUGGAAUGCGAGUUUCUACGCCAGUAGCAUCACGCUGUAUGCCAAACAUUUCAAAAUCUCCGAGCAGGCUGCUCGGGUGGGCCAAAUGGACUUCCUGGUGGCGUACGCCUUUGGCUGCGAGUUCUGGGCGCCGUUCAGCGAGGAAUUCGGCCGGUGGCCUGUCUUGCAGCUCAGCUUGUUCCUGGUCAAUAUCUGGCAAAUCCCCUGUGCGCUUGCACCGAAUUUUGGGACAAUUGUUGUCUGUCGUCUUUUGGGUGGUCUGUCUUCUGCUGGAGGAUCAGUCACGCUGGGCAUGGUUGCCGAUCUGUGGGAAGCAGAAGAACAGCAGUGGGCGGUUGCUUUCAUCGUCCUGUCUUCCGUGGUGGGCUCUGUGAUUGCUCCUAUUGUGGGAGGCUUUGUUGCGACGUUCCUCGAUUGGCACUGGAACUUUUGGCUCCAGCUUAUUCUCGGGGGGUUCGUUCAGGCAUUGCAUUUCUUUGUCCCGGAAACGCGAUGCAGCAUUAUGAUCACCAGAGAAGCGAGGCGUCGACGGAAGAAUGGUGAAAUGGUGUACAGUGGCGAUGAACUCAAGGAGAAGCGCUUGUCCUGCGGGCACAUCCUGAUGAUCUGGGCUCGUCCAUUUAUCAUGUUCCUUCGGGAGCCCAUCGUGCUGUGUCUUGCGCUGCUGAGUGGCUUUAGUGACGCGCUGAUUUUCACCUUCCUGCAAUCGUAUACUCUGGUAUAUAAGCAGUGGAAUUUCAGCACGAUCGCUACCGGUCUGGCCUUUAUCCCAAUUCUCAUUGGAUACCUUCUCUCCUAUAUCUCAUUCUUGCCGUGGAUCAGGUACCAUGGACAUGUACGCGAAAGGGAUCCUGAUGGCUUGCAACCCGAGACUCGGCUCUACUGGCUAUUAUACGUGGCUCCUCUCUUGUCCAUCGGUCUGUUUGGAUUCGCAUGGACCAGUCUCGGACCUCCACAUGUCCAUUGGAUCGCGCCCAUGAUAUUUUCUACCUUGAUUGCAAUUGCCAAUUUCGCAAUCUAUAUGGCCACAAUCGAUUACAUGAUUGCUGCAUACGGGCCGUAUGCAGCAUCCGCCACGGGAGGCAAUGGCUUCGCUCGCGAUUUUCUGGCCGGCAUAGCGGCCAUGUAUUCCGUGCCCAUGUACUCCAAUAUGGGGACUACCCACAGGCUGGAAUGGCCGUCGACUCUCUUGGGGUUUCUGGCAAUCAUGUUCACCAUUCCAAUCUACAUCUUCUAUUGGAAAGGUCCCGUCAUUCGAGAGAAAUCGCCUUUUGCCCAGACACUUGCUUCCGAUCGAAAGAAGGCCGGACGCAAGGUCUCCCAAUGUGGUUCUGGAGAUGAAGACCCGGUACACAGAUACGUUUCGGAGGUUGCAUCUCGGCAUUCUAGUUGUUCCCGAGGGCGAAGCGGCUCUGGUUGUGAGCAUAGUUCUGGUUACGAGCAUGGCAAUACUUGA